CAGCAAUAUCGAUAGUCUAUCGGACACCCGUGAUUUCACCAUGCCGCACAUCUUGGCGAUCAAUUGCGGUUCGUCAUCUAUCAAGGGGAAACUAUAUGCUAUCCCGAGCUCAUCUUCAGAGCCAUUGUCAGCUGUCGCGACACUCGGCGUCAGCAAUAUUGGAGCAAAAGGUGAAAAGGUGCAGAUAAAGGUCAAAUGGAGCAAUGAAGGCGAUCGAGAUGUAGAUGAGGAAGGAGAUGACGGAGACAGCGUAGACUAUAAAGCCAUGGUCCCGCUGUUGCUGGAUAAGAUUAUCUCUUCAGGCUCUGUACAAAAAGAUGACAUUAAAUAUGUCGCUCAUAGAGUGGUACACGGAGGGGAACACAAAAGGGGGAUACGUAUUUCAAAAGGACACGAAGAGGGGUUAGCCGAGAUGGAUGCUCUGAGCGAAUUCGCCCCGCUGCAUAACCACCAUGCCGUGCUUGCUGUCCGAUCUUGCCUAGAUGCAUUGCCGAACCAUACGUCGCUGUUGCUCUUCGAUACAUUAUUCCACCAAACCAUCCCCCCGGAAACAUACACCUAUGCUAUCCCUCCGCCGGACACAAAGAUCGUCAUGCCACUGAGGAAGUAUGGAUUUCACGGUCUGUCAUACGCAUCCAUCGUAUCACAACUGGCAGAGCAUCUUGGCAAACCUGAGUCUAAAGUCAACGUGGUAGUCGCACACCUUGGAAGUGGAGCAAGCAGUUGUUGUAUCAAACGUGGUCAAUCCAUCGACACCUCUAUGGGGUUGACUCCGUUGGAAGGGCUCAUCGGUGGCACUCGCUCAGGGACUAUUGACCCGACGGCCAUAUUUCACGCCAUUUCCGAUCCAGGAUCAGAUGCUGGAUUGGAGGGAAUGAAAGUGUCUAAAGCCGAAAUGAUCCUGAACAAGAAAUCUGGUCUGAGUGCAUUGGCGGGGACCACCGAUUUUGGAUUGAUCUUGUCGCGUUUGGACGCGUCCAAAGUCUCGGCGGACGAUCAUCGAUCGGCGAGUCUGGCGUACGCAGUGUACCUCGAUCGUCUACUUGGCUACGUCUCGCAAUACCUGUUCAAAUUGCUCGCUACCACACCUCUGUCCGAUAUUGACGGAAUCGUCUUUUCAGGCGGUAUAGGUGAACGAGGAGCCAAGCUCAGACACGAUGUCCUGGAUAAAUUCACAUGGCUAGGUGCCGAGAUUGAUUCGAGGGCGAAUGAUGUAAGCCAGGGCAGUGUGAGGGAAAUCACCGUCCAGGGUAGCAAGCUCAGAGGCUGGGUGGUGGAGACUGAUGAGGAAGGGUUAUGUGCUGAAUUGACGAGGCAAGAUUUUGGCUUUUGAAGGGUAGUCAAUCACAACUGGCGGGCGGGUAAUGAAUUUUUUUUUGACAUUUUUGUCUUUUUCAUUGUUCCUGUCAGGAGGAGAUGGUCCACCACUGCCUCUCAGGACAUGCAUGAUCU